AGUGACGUGGAAGCCCGGGCGUCGCUGCAGUUUCCGGGAGGGAUUGAUCGCGCGGUCUGUGAUGGGGAAGAAGACGCGGGCCGUGCCCGGCAGGAGGCCCAUCCUCCGGCUCUCUCCGCCGGGACCCCGAGCGGCCACCCGGGAGGCCGGAUCCGGAUCGGAAGAUGAUGCUGAGUCCCAUAAAGUUCUUGUACCCCCAGGUGGUGGUACUGCAGAAUUGCAGGCUGCUGUGGUGAAACAGACAGGGGGGCUUUGCCUUCUUGGUGCUUACACAGACAGUGAUGAAGAUGAUGUCCCCGAUAAGCCUACUGUGGGAACUGCUCCAAAGGCCAACACCUCAUCAGACAUCGACAGUACUCUGGCUAAUUUUAUGGCGGAAAUCGAUGCUAUCACAGCUCCUUCUGCACCAGAUGGCGAAGCAGUUGUUGCUUCUUUGAUUCCUCCCCCUACGCCACCAAGACCAGAUCCAAAGGACAGUAAUUCAGUGUCAUCUAGUGCACAUAAUGGCGCAGAAUCGGCUUUGGCAGGGGAGGCAUGGAGAUAUGAUACUCAGUGUUCGCUAACCGGAGUUGGUGUUGAGAUGGGGGAUUGGCAAGAAGUGUGGGAUGAGAACACGGGUUGUUAUUACUAUUGGAACACUCAGACCAAUGAAGUGAUGUGGGAGCUACCCCAAGAUCUGGCUACUCAAGUCCAGGGAGCUCAGGGAACUGCUACAGACGGUACUUCUUUACACACGAUUGUUACCGCAGAGUCCUUUUCUGAGGCAAAGGAAGAAGUUUUGGUUACAAGCACUAGUAGCUUACCAGUGAUUUCCAAAAAAGAUGUAAAGAAGGAUGUGAAUGAGGCUGUCCAGGCCCUUUCCAACAAGGAAGAAGAGAAGGUGGGUGUUGCUGCGUCUCUACUUGCUCCACUUUUGCCAGAGGCUGUGAAAGAGGAAGAGGAACGCUGGCGAAGGAGAGUCAUAUGCAAAGAGGAUGUCGGCGAAGGAGCUUCAGAAGACGAGGGGGAGGCGGCAGCUGCUGUUGGUGCAGAUAGCUGCUUAGCUACAUGUGCAGACGAGACUGGGCAAGAUGAUGUUUGCAGCACGGUCCAAUCAGGAGAGAGCGAUGAAGAAGAGAUGGAAGAACAAGACACCCUAGAGCUGGAGAUGGUCUUGGAAAGGAAGAAAGCUGAACUCCGAGCUUUAGAGGAGGGAGAUGCGAGUGUGUCUGGGUCCAGUCCACACUCUGACUUCAGCCAUUCAGAUGAAACUCCGAAAGCAACACCCGUUAAAAGCAAGUGGAAGGUGUUUGUUCCAACAGCUAGUCCUGAUUCAGCCAGCCGCAGCUCCAGUAAAACCGGCCGUGACACCCCUGAAACCGAACUUGCUGCUGAGAGCAUUGCGCCUGUGAAAGAACCAGAGAGUGAAGAGGUGACCGAUCUCCACAAACCAGUGGUGGAGGAAGGUGAUGAUCUGAAGUUCCAAAUUGGAGAGAUGGCCAAUGGCCUAAUAAGUAAACUGGAAUUUCUGGGAAUUAACAGGCAGUCUGUGUCCAAUUUUCACGUCCUCCUGUUUCAGACAGAGACUCGGAUCUCAGACUGGAGGGAAGGAGCACUGAGCGGACACUACCUGAAACGUAAACUUCAAGAUGCAACAGAGCAAAUAAAACAGUAUGAAAUUAACGCCACCCCUAAAGGCUGGUCCUGCCACUGGGACAGGGAUCAUAGACGUUAUUUCUAUCUUAAUGAAAACACUGGACAAUCUCAGUGGGAGUUUCCUGAUGUGGACGAGGAAGAGGAGCGGGCUGCAUCCCAAAAUAAAUCUGAUGUCUCUAAGCUGGUUCAAAGGGAUAAAUUUGAAAGUGCCCCACCUCCUCCUCCUCCUCCUGAGCCGCCAGAACCCAUUGCAGAAAUUACCCCUGUCAAGCCUGUGGUUCCGCCCAGUGGACAAGUAACACAAUACUGGAACAUACAUCAACCACCCCUGCCUUUAGAAUUACCCCCACCACCCCCUCCACCUCCUGAAUCGCCUCCGCCGCCACCACCACCACCUCCUUCACCACCGCCUCCCCCUCCUCCUUUGGAUGAUGGAGAGAUCCAAGAGGUGGAAAUGGAGGAAGAUGAUGGGGAACCACCAGCCCCAGGAACAGAAGAAGUGCAUGCUAAAUUGCUGCACUCGGAAAUCGCCGUUCACAAGAUAAAAGGAGAUCCUGCGGUUUCUGGUAAAACGUCUAAGAGGAAGGCAACAGACAUGUUUGCAGAGCAGUCUGUCACCAUUGGAAGCUGUGCGGUUCUCUACUCUCAGCAAUCCCUCCCAGCAGCUCCACCUAUGACCGCAAUGAAUCUCCCCGCCAAUUAUAUGGGACUUCCACUCCAGGUUCCGUCCCCUGUAGUCAUGAGCCCGUUGGACUAUGCCAUUCCAAACAGUAUGUUACAAGCAAUGCCCCACGUCAUGCCACAUGCACUUAUCCCAACGCCUGUAGUGCCAGAACCGCAACCCCCUCCACCGGCUCCAGUGGCUACCAGCAAGCAACAAACAGAAAAAACUAAAAAGACCAAGAAAGAAAAGGUUAAAAAGAGUAAAGUUAAAAUGCCAUCCUUAGUCCAAAAAUGGCAAAGCAUACAGAAAGAGCUGGAUGAAGAGGAGCUGUCCAGUUCCAGUGAUGAGGAUCGUUCUGUAUCAAAUCAGAAACGCAUUGAAGAUUGGAAAAAUCAGCAGUUAAACAGUGGCUUGGCUGAGAAGAACGCAAACUUUGAAGCCCUUCCCGAUAAUUGGAGAGAACGUCUGAAGAGAAGGAAAAUGGCUUCAAGCACGUGACACCCAUUUUGAGCACUUGUAUAUUUUAUUACUCUCCAACAGAUACUGUAUAAAAAUUCCUCCUUGUUCAUAUUUGUUCCACUCAGACUGUUUUUCUUAUUUCAAGUGGACUGACUUCACAAAUCUGUGGAUGACAAGUUCCUUAACAUAGGUAUAAACAUUUAAUCUAUACAUUCUGUUAAUUACCAGCAGAUGGAUAGAUUAAAUAUUACUUCUACUUACCUGAUGUGGGUGGUGGCCCCACGUUUAUCCAUGUGUACCCUAACUUGUACCUGCGCAUCGGUGUUUGUGGGACGUGCUGGUACCCUCUCAAGCAGCAAUGUUUCUAGAUUCUUCUGUGUUAAAGAUUUAAAGGAUUAACACCCAAAGUCAAAAUAAAAUGCCAUCUAUCCAUUUAACAGUCAUUUGGCUAACCAUGUAUAGAUGCACUUUAUUUUACAUGAUACCAAGUCAUAUUUUCAUGCCAGAGGCCCGUUUCUACCUGUUGAUCAGUUUUUGUAUCUGUGUAUUAUUUAAAUGUAUUUUUUCCCUUUCUUCAAAAGCAAAGAUUUCCUUUUGCUAAUGGCCUGAAAAGUGUUUUAAAAAGGAGAAACUUUUGUAAAAAGAUAAACUGUAACAAUAACUUUUUAUAAAAUCA